AUGUCCAAACGCUCUGCGCCAACUGAACUGGAGCAUGACGCCAAACGCGUUAGAUUCGAAGCACCGUCGGCCUUGAAAGAUCCUGCCGCUUGGGAUAUCCUAGAGCGAUGGAACAGGAGUUCCACUGCGUACCUCGGCGAUCGUCAUCGCCUUCUCGACUGGACGGACGCCAGACUUGCCUUAUUCUCCGGAGAUGACGAUAACGAACUGUCAUUAUCGAAUCUUCUUGUGCUGAAGCGCAAGCACAUCCCACCCACUCAAUCGAGUUUGGCUUCUGGAUCAAGCACUCGUCAUCGUUCUCGCACGAACAAGGCGACUGAGGAUGAGGACCAGGAAGAAGAUGAUGACGAAGAGGAAGAGGAAGAUAUUAACGGCCUCCCCAGACGAGCCAGGGUGACGCCCUUGCCAGCACCGAAGCAUACGCUCUCCGAUGCGAUUGACAGGAUCGAGGAGAAUGUGCGCAGCGGUACUAGUAGUGCGGGUCAUCGACUGUCGCCAGUCUCAGCUUGUGAUACGGCCGCUUUCCUGCCAACCAGGAUGUAUGUUUUCACGGUUCAUGUCACUGCGAGGGAAUUCCUUGCCGAACACCUCGAAAAGGCAGGAUUCUCAGUCGUAGUUUCGCCUUGGAUACCAGCUCACCUCUACGUGACUUCCGAUAGUCCUCUGACUAUCCUGUCAGCCCUCCCCGAGGCGCUCAAAGUCUCCAUCAAGAAAUGGGACCGUUUAGACGACGACGAAGCGAACGCAGUCAACGCGUUACGCUUGAAAUUCCCUCACCCCGCCUGGCUUAGAAUCAAGCGGGGAAAGUACAAGGACGCCAUCGCCUACGUCUUCGAUUCCGAGCAGACGAACAGUUUUGUCACCGUGCUGGUUCCUCCUAGGGAGUUCCCUUAUGAGAUGCCGAAAGGUUCUGUAGCCCUAUUUGACCCUUCGCGCCUCCCUACCGGGAUCUCGACUUCCGACAUCAUUCGCGAUGGACAAGUUGUCGGGUCAAAAUACAAAGGCGAGGAGUACUACGGCGGUCUCUUGAAGAAGAAUUUCCACCGUUACUGCACUGAGUUGGUGCACGUCCCCCAUCCCGACGCCAUUCGCCUUCACCUCCAAUCCGGAUGGGAUACCCCUUUCUGCAAAAAGUCCGAAAUCGCCUUCUCUAAGCAGUUGUUGCGCUCAGGUGAUUUGGUUCGCCUUACUACGGCAGACUUGAUUGGCCAGAUGUGCACAGUCUUAACGAUAGACCACGCAUUUGGUGGAUCCGUGAAGUUACAAUUUGACUUGGAUGGUCGGAGCAAGGAGAUCGAAGCUAGAGUCGACGAUGUAGAGCGUGUGUUCGCUGUCGGCGAUGAAGUUCGCGUUGUAGCUGGCACUUACUUGGGACUGGAAGGCCACGUCGUGCAAAAAGAUACAGAUAUCUUUCACAUCUGUCAGUCUGGGACACAGGAACAGGUCGAGGUCUCCAAGUUUUACUUGGAUCGUCGUCCUAUCGAUCUAACUCUUCAAGGCCACAUGUCCGCUCAGCCAUACCUCGAUCCUCCCCAGGAACCCAAAACCGUUGAAAUCGGUGACUACGUCCAAGUCCUCGUUGGAGAUUGGAUAGGGAAAAGCGGUAUGGUGCAGUGGGCAUCAGAUGGUUUUAUUUGGUUCCAGGAUGAGGAUGAUCUGUUGAGGAACAACGACCGCAGCGGUGUGGCCCCGCCAUUCAUGCAAGUUGCCGCCGCCAUGGUUGAACGCACGCGCCUUCCAGCCACCCUGAAAUUUACCAAGGAGCGCGGUUACGACGUCAGACCUGGAGAUGUCGUCAGCGUCGCCCGUGGACCUGAAUUUCGCACGCAGGGGGUGGUACGCAGUGUGGACUUCCGCAGCGCUCGAUUGACCUUGGAGACCGACAACGAACAACUCGUCACAGUUCCCAUUCAAUUCGUCACCAAGACGCGUAACGCUGACCUUGACGCCUUCAACAAGUGCAUCAAGAAGGAAGUAUUCGUCAUUGGAGGCCCGAAGAAGGGCUUUCGAGCAACACUGUAUGACCUGUCUGCGGAUACCUGCACCAUUGCCGUCCAUGGUCAACCUCGCAUGACUGCCAGACGCUGUGACGUUGCCACCAUGUACGGUUGCCGAUUAAACGGUGCAAUGCUGGAAUGGAAUGAUUUCACUUCGUUCUGCGAGAUGCGCAGGCAAUCGUUCUUGCCAGUGUCACUCCGAAGUGUUACCCCCCCGCCCGAGAAAACCACACCCUCCGCCCUUGAUCCCGGUUCAUCCGUUCCCUGGGUGACCUGGUCCCCAGAGGUUCUUGCUGCGAUGUCUUCGCAAACCGAAAAUGCCGGUUCUGCAACAGAAGAUCCUUGGACCUUCAAUGCCAGCGACGCCGCGGACGCUGUCGUUGAAACAACCCAACCAAAACCACGCGACCCAAUUUGCUGGCUGAAGGAAUAUGCCUCGCAGUUUCACCGGUACCACGCCCUCUUUAACGUCUCGGCGGGCUUCCAGGGUGGCAAGUUACUCAAACGGUUAGCGUAUAGUCAUUCCCCCGAUCCCUUCUGCGGGCCCAACGGCCUUGCUCCUCCAGGCCACAUCUCAGCGUGGUGCACUGCCAAGACUGCGGGCGGCGCCAGGGUGGACUACCAGAUUCCCGUUGAGUUUCUCACUCCUGCUCAACCCCGCAAAAAAAAUCAGGAGUGUUUCAUCAUGAAUGGUUCGUCCGGUCCUAUCAAAAAGUGCACCAGACGGUUCUGCUCAGAGAUGCGAGCAAAGCAGGGGAAUAUGUCAGCGGUGACGAACAAGGUUUAUGAUAAGAAAGACAAGGAUAAGGAAUCCGACAAGCAAGACCAGGCAAAAAUAAGGCGAAAUCAAACCAAGUCGAAACGAGGUUUUGACCCCGACAUCAAGCAUCCCAAUAGCAAAAAAAUAGCAAAAAUCAAGCAAAAUGAAGCCAAGUCGGAACGAGGUUUCGACCUUGGCCUACCCGUCACCCCAGACGAGGACAAGGAUAAGCAAUACAAUAAGAAAGACUACGAUGGCAAAAAUCAAGAAAACAAGCGAAAGACGAGGACGAGGAAGGAAUACAAUAAGAAAGACUACGAUACCAUAGACCACGACAAAGGAUAA